GCCUCUGUCCACGAUAUUAAUAGAUGGUAGACUUUAAUGAUGAAAUUUGUGAAAAAUACAAGAUGAGUUAUUCUCAAACUAGAUCAGGCUAAAGUCACAAAAUGUAUAAGGUCGUUAGGACAGUCGGCUUAAUUUUUUGCGCAGAUAAAACAUAAAGAAAGCUGAGAAAAGCUCACAGAAAAAGCAAAGUUUUCAAUAUAGCAUUGAUUUAUGCUUGACCAGAUCACUCUGUCUUACUUUUCAGUAGCACUAGUCAUAACGUGAUUAAAAAUAUUUGCCAAAUGUGUGCCUACGGGUUGCAUUUUACAAUUUCGUACUGUAUUUAACCAGAAUCUGUUUUCGUAAAUGUUACCAGUGGCGCAUAUUUCGAAUAUGUACAUACGUAGGUAGUUAAACGAAGAAGUUAGAAGCUUUUCAGUCUGUUGCUGGCUGAUGGACCUACGCUAGGUAGGUUUGGCGUAUAGAGAUUUGUACAGAGAGAGACAAGAGAAGUAUAGACAGACUAACUGAAGGAGAAAUCUACUGUUUGUUGACAUAUCUAUAACCAGGAUUUAUAGUCAGGUGACUGAAGAAUAAAUAUUAUCUAGCACAGAUAAAUCUAACAUAAAAUGUGCUUCUUCGAUACAUAGUGAUUGGUUACCUGAAAGCGAGUGAGACACUGCUGCUAUUAAAUACAAUAUUUUUUUAAUUAGUUCACAACAACAGAAUUGAGACUAACUAAUCGACGUAGCAUACCUUUCUCCUCCAGAUGACCUAUUCGUUGUUCCCCCAGGUGCCGAUUUAACUAAGCGCAGUAAAGAAUUAGAAAACUAAAUUGAAUGAAAUGUAUAAUACAGUCCUUGAUCACUUAGUUUGAUCUAGAAUUAUAUUUGUGCUCCUACAGUGUAGAACAUACCUUAGCAGUCUAAAGAAAAACAAGCGAUUGAACUUUGAGCAGACGUUUUUACUAGAUGAUCUUGAAUAAAAGCGUGUAUACUUUGCAUCGCUUUGUCUCUAGAUACUUACAGAAAAAGUUAUGAAAACGAUAGGAGUUGAACGGUACCUGAGUAACUAUCAACACCGAAGCCCACUUAUUUUACUUGUUAGCUGUAUUUUUCUCGCAAACUCUAAUAGAGUGAAAACGAAUGUUUAUACAGUAUCGUUUUGCUCAUGUUUACGUCAAUUCUUAUCCAGCCGGCGUCUCCGAGUGGCGAAGCUUUAGCUUGCUUUCCCUUAAUAGAGCUAUGUCUGUUGUAGCCUACCUUAAGAUGACACUGAUAAACUGUAGAGGGAGUCAAAAGAUAAAAGGAUUAUUUCCCCAUAACUAGAGAGAGAGACGCGUAUGGUGAAACUUGCACAGUAGUCAACAAAUCGUCGCGUCGCGAUUGAUCCCCUUAUCUCCCAUUCGGUACUUAGUAGCUUAGAUGUAUCAAAAAUCUAAGUUUGAGGUCAUAUCCGCCAAAAUCUGCGAUCCAGUCUUUGAUGCUCGAUACGACCCCUUAAGUCUACGAUUUAAACGAUGUAAGUACAAUCCAAUAGGUGUCAACAGACAGUAGGAAACCAAAUAUAAACUUAGUUUUUCGUAGCUAGGAACAAACCACAAAUGCAAAUAUUUAAGAAAAUAAAAAGGCAAAAUGAAAUAUUUCGAUCUAGUGAUAAUAACAGUAAACUUUUCAGUUGGUCUGGUCGGCUAACAGAUGAGCAAUUAUCCCAAUUUUAGUAUUAUGGUGGUGUUAGAGUAGCUUUGCGAUUCAACGCAGGUAGAAAGCAUACAGACUAAAUAUCGUUAGCGGCAGGUCAUACUGGCAACUAGAAAUACGCAGUAAUCGUCAGUAUAAAUGGGAUGCCCCUCAUGGUGCAUUUGCAAUACUGCGCGAUAAGGAUAAUAAUGAGUAUGGCAUACAAUCAACAUAUGGCCAAGUUGAUACUGUGGGUUAUCGUUUUUCUUUGCCUGUGUGCUGAAACUUCGACAAUGACAUCUGUGCGAAAUUCUGUGCCAGAUUAUUGUUCAGAAUUACUUUCAGAUAUGGCCACCGCUCUCAAAGGUUUCGACUGUUGUGCCUUAAAGAACGCUCGACCCUUUACCGUGUGUGUGAACUGCGCGGCUGUUUAUCAGAAGGCAUUCGACCUAUUUGAUCGCUUCGUAAAUGGUACAGCGGAGCUGAGUACAAAUUGUUCAAUGCUCAUCGAUGGAGGAAAGAUAUCGCUCGUUACAGAAAGCUUUCAGUACAUACAAAAAGUGUGGAACGAAGAUGGAGUCUGUGGAGGCUGCUACGCUUCGGGAACCGAUAAUGUUUCAUCACAGAUUCAAGAGUUCUUUGAAAAGAAAAAAGCCUUACAGGCUUGUGUAGAUGCACUUUCACCUUUUGAGAAUAACCAAACCUGCGUUCAGUGCAAACCAUUGUUUACCAAGUUAUCGAACUCCUUCGACAAAGUGCUUCAGUCAGGCACAAGCAAAAGCGUUUGUGUCGAUGUACUUGAUGCGAUGAAUGAGACUCGUCGCGAAUGGGGCAGUAUGUGUUUUUCCUCAUCGUAUGGAAUGACACCAGAUGUGUUGAUUGCGAUGUUCACAUCAUUAAGCACCACGUUUCUGUUUUACUUAAUCGUCCGCCUCUCGCAAAAGCCCAAAGACAUUGGACUAGCUAGAGUGAGCACGUGGCAAAGCAUCAAGUUAGAGGCUGACUGCUGCAAUACUGACCAAGUGGAUGCCAAACAGGCCGCUGGGUGUCAUGCCCACCAGGCAAAUCCGCACAGACAGGCUGAGCAUGACACUGCUAUUGUUAAUUCCCAGCAUUCAAACAACUGUUAGAACAGCGACAAGCUUUGUUUGUAUAUAUAUAUGUGAGCAGUGUUGUGUAAAACGAUAUUAUUCAUAGAAUAAAAAAAAAACUCUGAGAUAGAAGCAGAAGUUUACUGUAACGAGAUUAUAAUAUAAUCAUUAUAUACGGACAGUGUAUGGGAAGCAGAUGCGAUUAGGUAUUGAAAUUAUAAUUGAGUCAAAGAUGACAGUCUGAUGUCUAUAUCACCAUCUUUAAUUUUUUAAUUUCAAUCGUUACCAAUAAACGUUAACUUGAUUUAAUAAUUAUCGAACCGUCUAAGUAUUAGUAAGCUACUUAAGUACCACUAAAAGUUGGAACGAAUUAACCGCGUUUGUUUGACUUAACACUAUAUAUUGGAUAUAAUAAAACACCAAGAAGAAUAAGUCGGCAAGUGCAAAAAAUACUGCAUUCGAAUUUUGAGGAUUGUCUUGAUUUUUUUGCUCAUUACGUAACAUGUUUUUAAACAUCUAAACAUCAACUUUUAACUCGCUUAUGUUUGAUUUAUGUAUUGUAAACAAACGAUAAUGCACUAUUAGACUAAAUUUACUCAAGCUCAUCAUAAUAUGUGUGGAAUCUGUCUCGUGUCUUACAAGUAAAGGUAGGUCCCUACUUAAUUAUAUGGGUGCUUCUUCGGCUUUGAUUUCAAUACGAUGAUUGGGAGAAGGAGAAAUACCAUAUAUAAUUUUCAAGUGCAAAUUUAGUGAUACUCUUUUGAUAGUGGGUGUUAUUUCUAUUAAUUCGGUCCCUUCCAUUAAAUUAAAGCAAGCGUCGCUCUCUCGGAGAAUGAAAAUUUCACGGCAUAUAACAGUUAUAGACACAGGCAUCGAAUGAUAUAAUGAGCAUAAAACAUCAAGGAGGGAACAUCACUCUAUUUACCAAAGUCUGCUGAGUGUUCUCUUGACCGAAACUCGUACUGAAAUCUAUUAACGAUACUUACUUUUUAUAUUGAGUCGCACGUAAAGUUUUAGACGAAACUUGUGUACUUUUUGUUUGUAGUAAACUGACUUAAGCUAACCCUCUUUAAUUUAAAUCAUUUUUAUAUAUGCGAAGUAACGUAUACCGAUAAAUCUAACUCUUAUUAAUGACGUAUAAUAAUGAACAAAUUAUAAAAACGUUGUCAUUUAAAUCUCACUACGAAAGCUUGCCUCUUAAUUAUUAUAUUAAGUGGGUAUGAUCAAGCCGUUUUAAUCGGUUUUUGGCUAUACAGGAUAU